AUGGAUUCUGUUGUUCUCCAGAACAUGUCUUCUUCCCACACCAUGUAUCCAGUGUCGCGCGAAACCAACCCAGCUCCGAUCAUGGAGCCAUCCACUCUCAGCACACUAUACAGAACCCACCACUUGAGACGAUCUAGUAUGCUAGAACAGCCACAGCCGAAUCAACGACUCAAUGGCAAAAUCUGCGCUGUACGAGGGGAGAUAUCACAGCUUCGUGUCGAUGCGAUUGUUACCCCCGCCAACACGGAACUGUCUCGAAGUGAUGUCGCCGAUAGCGUCGAUGGGGCCCUGCAUCGGGCUGCAGGGCCGAAUCUCCUCAGGGAUUGCCGAGCUCUCGGCGGCUGCCCAGUUGGGGCAGCGAGAGCCACGGGCGGCCACAAUUUACGAGCCAGAAUGGUGAUACACGCGGUUUCGCCGGUCCAUGACGGCACACUGCAAUGUCGCCAGCAACUUAGGUCUGCAUAUCUUUGCUCCCUACAGCUAGCAGUUCAACAUGGCUGUCGCUCUGUCGCUCUGUCUUCCAUUUCGGCCGGCAUAUACGGCUUUCCAAGCAGAGAGGCGGCAUUUAUUGCCGUAAGGAUAGUGCGACGCUUCCUACUCGGACCUAGUGGUCAUCUGCUUGACCGCGUGAUCUUCGUGGCCAGCACGAGGCACGAGGCAGAAGUUUAUGCGAGAUGCCUUCCUCGACACUUUCCUCCGACAGCGGCGGACCUGGGCUUCACCGGGCCGGCACCCCCCCCGACCAUCCCCCCAUUUAGCUUUCGUAAUUCUGGCCCCUAUGGGCAGAUUUACCAUCAUCCGGCGGUCGACAACACCCAAGGGCCACCAAGCGAGGGCAGCGGCCCGGGUGGGGCGACCGUGGCUAAUGUAAGGGAGACCAGCCUCCUGGAGGAUGUUAGGGCAACCCUUCAACAAUGGUUCGGCUGCUUCCCAGGGAGUUAG